AUUUGGAGGUGUGAGAUAAUUAAGCUCGCUUUCGCUAACCGCUUUCUUCUGCUACCUCGCAAGACCAUUGGAAAGCAAGAUGAACCGUAUAAGCAUUUGCUUUUCCCCAAUGGGAAAAAAGAAAGGUGACAGUUUAAUCACCGCCUAAGCUCGAAGCUUAACCACAACAUAAAAUCAGCUGGUCAGUAUUGUGUUGUGUGAUUCAUUCCAGUCAAGAAGGUAGCUGGUGCAUGUGGCUGCAGGUUUCCAGCAAAGGGAAGGCGUUCCUCAUGGGAAACUACAAACAAGGAAAGAGUUGAAUUCUCCGUACACCCUGACAACAACAGCAUUAACUGUCGUCUAUAAACACAUCAUCAGUGAAGGAAUUUUUGACGAAAUGAUCAGCAGAAACUGACCUCUCACGUAGAAAUAGCAUCUGCGGCCUGCAUAUUCCAGGGUUUCUCUGAAUUUGGAAGGUACCACUUAGCAGAUUUCCAUUGGUGAUACAGAUAUAGGCUGAAGAAAAUUGAGACGAUGCACCAUGGCAAUCCAAUUUGAAGUGAAGCACCUGAACUCGGAAGAAAGUGAUCUGUCUGUGAGUCUCGCUUCUUGGCUUCAACAAGUAAUCUAUUUCCAGAUACCUCCAAGCGUCAGCUAUCUAUAUUUCUCGCACACAAAGUCAUCUUGCAGAAGGAGGUAAACUCGGCAACAAUCACCGUCAAAGAACGGUAGUUAUCUGAUUGCUCCAGAAGGGCAGCCUCCAGAUUGUUGGAUAUGCUAUGCUGAUUCGAUAUAAAUUCAGCAAAGAUGACCAUGUAUCUUCUGUCCAGCAUCCUCGGAUGCGUAAACCUUCAGUUAAGAUGGCCAUGGCAUCAUCUCACACUCACACUCACACCUACGCUCCUCUCCUGCUCUUGUUCCUCCUAGCCUGUUCAUGCAGGGCAUCAUCCGGCCAUGCGGUCGACCCUACCUGCCCUCCGGCCAAGGCGUCAGCGGUGGCGGUGGAAACCUCCGACUGCAGUGGACCUCGGUGCCAGCCACCGGCUCCGCACGUUCCGGUCCCGGUGUUCUCGUACGACGUCGACCCGAUGCAGUUCGCUCUGAACCUGGAGUACACGGAGGCCGAGUUCUUCCUCCACGCAGCGUUCGGUAAAGGCCUCGACCAGAUCGCGCCAAACCUGACGUUGGGGGGUCCGCCUCCGGUGGGCGCCAUGAAAGCCAACCUCGAUGAGGUGACAUGGCGCAUCGCCGCGGAGUUUGGCCUUCAAGAAGUCGGCCACGUGAGGGCUAUCCAGAACACAGUUGGUGGGAUUCCUAGGCCAAAGAUAGACCUGAGUGCCAAGAACUUUGCAAGGGUGAUGGACCAAGCGUUUGGGUACCAGUUGAACCCUCCUUUCGACCCCUACGUCGACAGCCUCAACUUCCUGCUGGCGUCCUACGUGAUCCCCUACCUGGGCAUCAACGGCUACACCGGCACCAACCCCAUCAUCGACGGCUACGCAACUAAAAAGCUUCUUGCAGGGUUGCUUGGCGUGGAGGCGGCGCAGGACGCCGUCUUCCGCGCGCUGCUCUUCGAGCGGAGGAGCGAGACGGUGCCGCCCUACAAGGGGAUCACGGUGGCAGAGUUCACCGACCGCAUCUCCACGGCGAGAAACCAGCUGGGCAAGUGCGGGGUGAAGGACGAGGGGCUGACCGUGCCGCCCGAGCUUGGCGCGGAGGGGAGGAUCUGCACCAACGUGCUCUCCGCCGACAGGGACUCGCUCUCCUACGCCCGCACGCCGGCGCAGCUGCUCAGCAUCCUGUACCUCACCGGCGACGAGCACGUGCCCGGUGGCUUCUUCCCGGAGGGCGCAAACGGGAAGAUAGCACGGGAGUUUCUUCGCAAGCCGUUUGCAGCUGGGGGUAACAAGGCGCCAGCAAAUUAAGUAAGCCCGUGUGGAUGAUUGCACUAGCGUCAAAUCAAUCAUCGGCCUGAAUAAUGUAAAUAGUGUGUGGAUGCUGGAUGGAAUAAUAAGAUGGACGAUUGAAACAUUGCGCACGCGGCACAAUGUUUGUAUGGAAUUGAACGGCAAAACAGUAGUUGCGGUGUAAGAAAUUGAGUUGAACUUCUAUGAAUUUGCCAAAGAACGUACUACAUUUA